AUGUUUGCUCAGAAAUGGGCCUCGUGUCGGAAACGCGCCCGAGAGGAGGAUGAUGAGAGUACCACGCCUGGAGGCUUCAGCGAACACCGGACAAAACGUCGAAUUGCAGACCUUCCUCAUCGACAAUCACCCUUUAUUAACCGCCAGAUCACCCCUCCUUUCACCUUCAAUACAAAGCUAGCCCCGCCAACGAUUACCCCCGCCGACUCGGAUUCCGAAGAGAAGCCUAGACCUGAAGAACCAAAGUCUUUUUUCUCGCCAUUCUCCUCCUCUCCAUCGUGUACCCUUAAUAAAAGCGGUCCUCCCUCGCCCUACGUCGAGAGUGUGGAAAGCUCGCAGUCGACACAAAUCUCAGAUGCGCCCCUCUAUUCCGAUGACAUGGAAAUGUCAGACUCUGUCCACCUUUCACCCGGCCCCUUCCACAACGAACCGCCAAUAAGUAUUACCGGUCGAAUCCCCACACCAAUUCACUCCUCAUUCGCGCCCUUCAUUCGGGCUGAAAAGGCAUCCAUUCACCACGAUGUCGACUUUGCAGACGAUGAGGCUAUAGUAGACAAAUUCAGGCGGGCUCGACGAUUGCCAAGUCCCAUUAGUGAAGGGGAGAUGAGCCCGAGCGUGAUUGUGGAUGGUCUAGGAGACAUGCAGAUGGAAGUCGAUGGAACGUCACAAACCGAGAAGGAGACGCCUACGAAGAAAGGUCACACACGGUCAAAGCAUAGCCUGAGGAACUGGCAUGGUUCUGGGGGAGAUAUGAGUAUUACUACUGGCGUAAAAAAAAGCUUUAGCAUGGGCUAUAGAGCUGAUUGCGAGAAGUGUCGGAUGAAGGUUCCUGGUCACUUUAGUCACAUCAUUACUGUGGAUUAA